AUUUUGUGGUGCAGCCUGCUCCAGCAGUGACCUACAGAACCAUUGGUGGGAUCCUUGAUUUCUAUAUCUUCUUGGGGAACACUCCAGAGCAAGUAGUCCAGGAGUAUCUGAAGCUCGUGGGACUGCCACAGUUGCCCUCCUACUGGAGCCUGGGCUUCCAGCUCAGCCGCUGGAAUUACGGCUCUCUGGAUGAGGUGAAGAGAGUGGUGGAGAGGAACAGGGCGAUUGGACUCCCUUAUGAUGCUCAGAUCACUGAUAUUGACUAUAUGGAGGAAAAGAAAGAUUUUACUUAUGACAAAGUGAAGUUUCAAGAUCUCCCUAAUUUUGCAGCUUAUAUGCAUGCCUAUGAUCAAAAAUAUAUUAUUAUAUUGGAUCCUGCUAUUAGCACACAAAAUCUAGUUGACGGUACUCCAUAUGAAAGCUACACCAGGGGAGAGAGCAAGAAAGUCUGGGUUAAUGAAUCAGACGGAGUAACAGCAUUACUUGGGGAGGUGUGGCCAGGGGAAACAGUGUUCCCAGACUUCACCAACCCGGACUGUACUAGCUGGUGGGUGGAAGAAUGCAAACUGUUUUAUGAUGCAGUGCCGUAUGAUGGGAUCUGGAUUGAUAUGAAUGAAGUCUCAAACUUCAUUAAAGGCUCGAAAAACGGUUGUGCGCAGAAUGACUUAAACUACCCUCCUUUCACUCCCAGUAUUCUUGAUAAGCUCAUGUUUUCCAAGACGCUUUGUAUGGACGCAGUGCAGGCAUGGGGGAAACAUUAUGAUGUCCACAGUCUUUAUGGAUAUUCCAUGAUCUUAUCAACACAGAAAGCCAUCGAAGCACUGUUUCCUGGAAAACGAAGCUUUCUUAUUUCAAGGUCUACUUUUAUGGGAUCAGGGAAGCACACAGGACACUGGCUGGGAGAUAAUGCAGCAACAUGGGAUUACUUAAGAUGGGCCAUACCUGGAAUGCUGGACUUUAACCUCUUUGGACUUCCUUAUAUCGGAGCAGAUAUUUGUGGUUUCUAUGACAACACUACAGAAGAACUUUGUAGAAGAUGGAUGCAAGUAGGAGCAUUUUACCCCUUUUCCAGGAAUCACAAUGCUGAAGGAUACAUACCACAGGAUCCAGCUGCCUUUGGACCUGAUUCAGUCUUGGUGAAAACCUCCAAGCAUUACUUGAACAUCCGCUACACUUUGCUGCCCUACCUGUAUACACUCUUUUACAAAGCUCAUACUCAAGGAGACACAGUUGUACGGCCAGUUUUGCACGAGUUCUACUCUGAUGAAGUGACGUGGAGUGUCGAUAGGCAGUUCCUGUGGGGUCCUGGGCUGCUUAUUUCCCCUGUACUUGACCCGGGUGUGGAUGCAAUUCAAGCAUAUAUUCCUGAUGCAGUAUGGUAUGAGUACGAUACGGGGGCACAAAUCUCAGUGAGAAAACAAUGGACCACGAUGUCCCUGCCAGCAGACAAGCUGGGACUCCAUUUGCGAGGAGGAUUCAUCUACCCUACUCAGCAACCAGCGAACACCACAGUGGCAAG